AUGGGUAAUGACGUCCCCAUUCACGCAUCGUCCAUUCAAACACCUCAGAAUGAAUUCCUGAUGAGGCUAGGUUAGAGAGAAAUUCUAAACCCUCACUCAAUGAAUUGAGAGGUACAGUGUCCGCUGUUGCGAGCUUGAUCGAUCGCCUUCUCGCAAAUGUUGAUGGACAAAGGCCAACUGUCAAGCAAGCCUAUCUGGAUACCGUAGGACUUCGCGGCGUACUGUAUGAGCAGGAAGAGCGCGAAAUGCAGCAGCUCGUGCAUGCGACGGUCGACAGAACGCAUUGGAACGUGGUCGAAGAUGUUAAGGAGGCCGCGCCUUCAGGUGAAAUCGAUAAUUGUGGCCUGAGUUGGGUCGACGUCUUCUUUCUCACCGUCGAGAUCGCUCAUCAUGCCUCGCCACUGAAGAUUAUCUCUAAAUGA